GUGGGUACCAGCUAGCAGAGGCCAGGAGCUACAGAAUUAUUACCUAAGAAUAUCCAGCCGUCAUCUUCCCGAGGUCUCUGCUUGCAUUCCACGCUCUGCAGUAGCAGCUACGAAGAGGUCUCUGCGUUUCUUAUCUGCCUGAGCCUUCGCUAUGAGCUUCUUCGGCUUUGGGCCGGCCGCGGAGCUGGACAUUGCUCUGACAGACGGGGAGAGCCGCAGGCGGGUGGAGCAUAAAACGGAGGACGGCAAGAAAGAGAAGUACUUUCUGUUCUACGAUGGGGAGACCGUGUCCGGCCGAGUCACUGUCAGUCUUCGAAACCCGGGCAAAAGGCUGGAGCACCAGGGGCUGAAAAUAGAGUUCAUUGGGCAAAUCGAGUUGUAUUAUGAUCGUGGAAAUCAUCAUGAGUUUGUAUCUUUGGUGAAGGAUUUGGCUCGGCCUGGAGAGCUUUCUCAGUCUCAGAGCUUUGACUUUGAAUUCACCCAUGUGGAAAAGCCCUAUGAAUCAUAUACUGGUCAGAAUGUUAAAUUAAGAUAUUUCUUGCGUGCAACUCUCAGUCGCCGUCUUAAUGAUGUUGCGAAGGAAAUGGAUAUUGUUGUUUAUACCUUAAGUACUUACCCUGAGCUGAAUUCUUCAAUCAAGAUGGAAGUUGGAAUUGAGGAUUGUCUUCACAUUGAGUUUGAGUACAACAAGUCCAAAUAUCACCUCAAAGAUGUCAUUGUGGGAAAAAUUUAUUUCCUCCUUGUACGAAUUAAGAUUAAGCACAUGGAAAUAGAUAUAAUUAAGCGAGAAACGACAGGAACAGGACCAAAUGUUUACCACGAAAAUGACACAAUUGCCAAGUAUGAGAUCAUGGAUGGCGCACCUGUAAGAGGGGAAUCUAUACCUAUCCGGCUAUUCUUAGCUGGUUAUGAACUUACCCCAACUAUGAGGGAUAUCAAUAAGAAGUUUAGUGUGCGCUAUUACCUUAACCUGGUGCUGAUAGAUGAGGAGGAAAGGCGUUAUUUCAAACAACAGGAGAUUGUGUUAUGGCGAAAAGGUGACAUUGUAAGAAAGAGUAUGUCCCACCAAGCAGCCAUUGCCUCUCAGCGAUUUGAGGGAACAAGUCACCCAGAGACCAGACCACAACACAGCGGAGCUGCUGCACUUGAACAAGAGCAUGAGUGACAUCUUGUUCUGAAACUGCCAGGUCUCACUGAUCAGAUAUGACUGGACCUCUCCUAUUCCACUAUCACACCCCAGUGCUAACACCUUGGCACAGACUAUCAAUGGGUCAUUGCUGGCAAAGGGAUGAGACCAGCCUCUCAUAGCAAGCAAGGCAAAUCCUCUCUUUGGGCUGCUAUUUUACAUUCAGCAAAAUGGGGGACAGGAAGUGGAGUAUUUGUCCUUUCACAUUUUAGUUUAUAUUCUAUGCUCUCAUUGCCUUAUUAGUUUUUGGCUUAUGAGCCAUUGGAAACCCAAGGUUAUCAGAAAUGUUCAGUUGGGAGAGCAACAAAUAACAGUAUUUUAAAUCAUCAUUUUUACAAAUGAGACAUGCCCUCUAAUUCUUAGCUUCUGUUUUAAAAGUGCUAGGAAAUCACCUUUCUAUGCCUGUUCUGCCCACUUUACUUGGUUCUGACCACAUCUGGGGUAUAACCUCUUCAUUGUUAGAUUUCAUAAGAUCAUUUCCUUAAAAAUAUUAUAUAAAAUUCUUAAAAAUUGCUGCAAAAUGCUGUUUCCAUUAAUAUUCAGAAUCAUUCCAUAAAACCUAAUAUUUGAGAACCAAAAUCAAAAUUUCAUUUUUUAAAGCAGGUCUGGUAUCGAGGGACUGGCAUAUUGGGGGGUGGAAAGGACCAGAUAAUCUAUUUCUAAUAGCUUAUUCUUUCGAACUUACUCUUAUAUCUCACUAAGAUGCCCUAGUGGUUCUGGCAAUUAACUGUCCAGCCUGGAAAUUGGUUACAGCUACUGCAUACCAUCACUUAGUUUUCUGUUGGUUCUGACCAGCAGAUGCCUUAGAUGUACUUUACUGAUAAAAUUCACCCUACAAUUACAAUUUGGCUUCAGUUUUCUGUGAAUAAUAUUGAAUCAGCCUUCUUUUCUUCACCAUUGAAAUAUGAGUGAUCAAAUGGAUAUUUUAAAAUUCCACAUUAUUUAAAUUCUGUAUCCUGCACCAAUAUACAAUUUAAAAAAUGUAUACAGGUAUGGGAUCCAUUAUCCAGAAACCGAUGAAUUACGGAAAGGCCAUCUCCCUUAGACUCCAUUUAAUCCAAAUUAUAAAAAAAUAUUUCCUUUUUUCUUAAUAAUAAUAAACAGUACCUUGUACUUGAUCCAAACUAAGAUAUAAUUAAUCCUUGUUGGAAGCAAAACCAGCCUAUUGGGUUUAGUUAAUGUUCUAGGAGAUUGAAGGUAUGAAGAUCCAAAUUAUGGAAAGAUCCGUUAUCCGCAAAACCCCAGGUCCCGACCAUUCUGAAUAACAGGUCCCAUACCUGUACAUGUCAAUGUGAAAUGGGUGGGUUCAGAUAAAGAAAUUAGCACUUUCAUUUUUCCACUUACUCUGAUUUUUAAUAGUCAAAAGCAACCAAACCCACCAUCAUAAAUAAAAAAUAUUAAUUAUUUAUUAAGUGGUCCACACUUUAAAAAUGUGUGCCUCCUUAUAUCAUGCUAAAGUGUUCGCUCUCUGGAGCAGUGCCUGCAUCGUUUUAUGAAGCACUGCAUGUUAGUAGUGCACAAAACUCAAAAUCAUUUAACAUAAUUUAGUGAUAAGCGGAACUUGACAUUACCAUUCCAGCUGCAGUGUUUUUCAUGUGUAUGUGUUUUAAAUGUCAGAUUUAUGUUGGUUUUAUUAGUAUCAGAUUAAAAAAUAUUCUCAGUAAA